GAACAGGAUUAGGUGCAGGGCUCUUUUAUGCAAAGUCAUUGCAGCGUAGUCAGAAUCCUUUGUUGUGAUAAUCGGCAGAAAUCCACACCUUACGAGUUGAGUAGGCUGUGAGUACCUCAUUCCCUCUCAGUCGGCGCACACCAUGGCUCAGAUAGUCAAGUCCUUCUACGAUCUCAGUGCUGUCACCUUGGGCGGCGAGAAAGUGGACUUUAAUAUCUACAGAGGUAGGGUGGUGUUGAUCGAGAACGUCGCUUCUCUCUGAGGCACGACCACGAGGGAUUUCACCCAGCUCAACGAGUUGCAGAUUCGCUAUCCGCACCGCUUCGUUGUACUGGGCUUCCCUUGUAACCAGUUCGGUUUCCAGGAAAACUGCCAGAAUGUGGAGAUACUUAACAGUCUGAAGUUUGUCCGUCCUGGAGGUGGCUUUGAGCCCAAAUUUACCAUAUUCCAGAAAUGUGAAGUUAAUGGUGCUGGUACGCAUCCUGUCUUUGCAUUCCUGAAGGAGAAGCUGCCUAUUCCUGCUGACGAUCCGACAUCCUUAAUGAAAGAUCCCAAAUACAUAAUGUGGAGCCCUGUCUGCCGAUCAGACAUUGCCUGGAAUUUUGAGAAGUUCCUCAUUGGACCAGAAGGAGAACCUUUUAAACGCUACAGUAAAGCAUUUGAAACCAUCCACAUUGACUCUGAUAUCCAAAGAUUACUGAAAGUAACCAAGUAGAGUUGUAGAGAACCCAAGUAACCAGAUUUCUCCAGAUUUACUUUUUACUAGUCUUGAGAAAGUUACAUGUCCCCAAAUUGGCCUGAACUUCUACAAACCUGAAAUGAAACAAAAUUUACAUUUUUUUACACAUUUUUUAAAACUGCACACAUACCUAAGAGCUAAUUCCAAUUCCAGAGCAGAAAUCUUCAAGUUUGCCUUCCCCCCCUACUGCAGGAUUGGUUUUUUGAUGACUGAUUUUA